AGCAGAAUCCAGUCUUGCUCAUCUUUGUGUAGUGAAAGCAACCUUCAGGAAAAGAGCGCACUUCACUGUAAAGUCAACUACUUCAACAAGAUAAGAUGGCAAAGAAGAGUGUUGCAUUAGUUCUGUCUGGCUGUGGUGUGUAUGAUGGCACAGAAGUUCAUGAAGCAUCUGCCAUAAUGGUACACCUCAGUCGAGCAGGUGCCGAGGUUACAAUAUUUGCACCUGAUGUUGAGAUGAUGCAUGUGGUGAACCACUGUGAAGGGAAACCUGUGGCAGACAAGAGGAAUGUGAUGCAGGAGAGUGCCCGCAUCGCCCGUGGUGAUGUCACAGAUCUAGCCAAGCUAGAUGUCAGCGCAUUUGAUGCACUCAUCAUUCCAGGGGGUUUUGGAGUGGCUAAAAACCUGAGUGACUGGGCUACAAAAGGCAAAGAGUACUCUAUCACACCUCAGAUCGAUAAGGUCAUUAAAGGUUUCCACAAGGCAAAUAAACCCAUUGGUCUGUGCUGCAUUUCCCCUGUGCUGGCAGCAAAGGCUAUUCCUGGAUGUGAGCUCACCGUUGGUCAUGACACUGAGUGUAAAAUGUGGCCAUAUGCUCAAGUGGCACAAUCCAUGGCAGAACUGGGCUGCAAACAUGUCAAUAAGAAUGUUGGCGAGGUACAUGUUGAUUCCAAGAACAAACUGGUGACGACAAGUGCAUUCAUGUGCAAUGCUCCCAUCCAUGAAAUUUUUGAUGGCCUGAGUCUGAUGGUUGCAGAUGUUCUCAAGCUAGCUUAACUCUGUUAUGUGAUGUUGUUCAAAUUAUUACAUAAAUAUGCAUAUUUAUUUCAACCAGAAAAUGUUGUCAUUUAAACAGGGAAAAUUGAAUAUAGGUUACAUACUGCAAAACUUUUAAGUAAAACUGUGUUUUUGAUGUAACCUAUUGUCAAUAAAACUGACUUGAAUCUA